AUGCAACUAUUGUCUGAAGGACAAUUUAGACUCUGUGUUUUUCAACCAGUACAUCUGACAUCAGGGCUGCUCAUAUUUUUUAUCCUGAAAUCUAUCUCAUCCCUAAAACCUUCCCGACUUCCAGUUUAUCAAAGGAAACCUUUUAUAGCUGCUUGGAAUGCUCCAACAGACCUGUGUUUGAUAAAAUAUAAGUUAACACUGAACUUAAACGUGUUUCAGAUGAUUGGAAGCCCUCGGCUGAAAGACAGGGGGCAAAAUGUUGUUAUAUUUUAUGUCAACAAACUGGGAUAUUACCCAUGGUAUACAUCAGAAGGAGUACCCAUCAAUGGUGGUCUUCCCCAAAACAUAAGCUUACAAGUACACCUAGAAAAAGCUGCUCAGGAUAUUAAUUAUUACAUCCCUUCUGAAAAUUUCAGUGGACUGGCUGUUAUAGACUGGGAGCACUGGCGUCCACAGUGGAGCCGGAACUGGAACACGAAGGAUAUCUACAGACAGAAGUCAAGAACUCUUAUUAAUCAUAUGAAAGAGAACAUAUCCGCUGCGGAUAUUGAGUAUUCAGCCAAAGCAACUUUUGAGAAAAGUGCAAAAACUUUCAUGGAGGAAACUAUCAAAUUGGGAAUUAAGAGCAGACCCAAGGGCCUUUGGGGUUAUUAUCUAUAUCCUGAUUGCCACAAUUAUAAUGUUUAUGCCACAAACUAUACUGGAUCAUGCCCAGAAGAGGAAGUUUUAAAGAACAACGACCUCUCUUGGCUCUGGAACAGCAGCACUGCCCUGUAUCCUGCUGUCAGUGUUAGGAAAUCCUCUGCAGACAGCGAAAAUACUUUGCGCUUCUCACGAUUUCGGGUGCGUGAAUCACUAAGAAUUUCCACCAUGACAUCACAUGACUACGCUCUGCCGGUAUUCGUCUACACACGACUGGGCUACAAAGAGGAACCUUUACUUUUCCUUUCUAAGCAAGAUCUAAUUAGUACCAUAGGAGAAAGUGCUGCACUGGGAGCUGCAGGCAUUGUUAUUUGGGGAGACAUGAAUUUAACUUCAUCUGUGGAGAACUGUACAAAGGUGAAACGCUUUGUGAAUUCUGACUUUGGCAGCUACAUAAUCAAUGUGACCAGAGCGGCUGAGGUGUGCAGUCGUCACCUUUGCAAGAAUAAUGGGAGGUGUGUACGGAAGACAUGGAAUGCGGCUCAUUACCUCCACUUGAACCCUGCCAGUUACCACAUAGAGGCCUCUGAGGAUGGAGAAUUCACAGUGAAGGGAAGAGCGUCAGACGCCGACCUAGCUGUGAUGGCAGAGAAUUUUCUAUGUCACUGUUAUGAGGGAUAUGAGGGGGCUGACUGUAGAGAAAUGACAGAGGCCAGAGGCCCCUCGGGGGUUUUCCUUUCCUCUAGCUCAGUAAUAACACUGUGUCUGCUAGUUCUAGCGGGUUAUCAAAGCAUUCAAUUGUGCCAUAAUUGA